UCCGAGUCUGUUCUUCUGCCGCUGGGGCUGCUUCCUUCACUCGGGCGCCAUUUCGCACACCUUCGCACCACCACUUCCAUCAAACCUUGAUCGAAAUCCAUCAAACGCUCGUCGAAUUCGGACUCUAGUUGAGCUUCUAUACCUAUACCAACCAAUACCUGGUUACCCCAAGCCUCCUUUAGGGCUAACUCGCCCAUCAUGGCAAUCGCAGAGGAUGCCGCCACGGUGCUGGAGCAGUUCAUUCACGACGUCGCAAAUCUUCCUGCCGAGAUAACACAUCUCUACGAAGAAGUGCAGGCGAAAGACCAGCAGAUUCAAGAGAGCAGGAGCAUAAUUGCGAUGCGCGACAGCAGCCUGCAAAAGUUCAUCAAACUGAACGGCAGCCUUGUGCAGAACCCCAAAGAAGAGCCGUAUUCAAAGAUCAUCUUGCAGCACUAUGAGCGAGCGCAGAUUCUGCAGGAAGAGAAGAUUGGGCUGGUGGAAAAGGCGGCAGCUCUCAUGGACCGGCAGGUCAAGCGACUAGACAUUAAAUUGCGGGACCUGCAAAACGACGGAUCCAUUCCCACGGAUUUUCAGAUGCCCUCGCUGUUGCGGGACUCCCCUAACAACAGGGUGCCGCCAUCCUCGCUGACCAACACCGGGGCGAACACACCGCUCCAGACUGUGUCGGGCAACCAAGGACCUGGCGGCCCCAAUCUUGCUCAUGCUGCCAUCGCGCGGAUCACGAAUGUGGCGAACAUGAACGCAAGGAAUCACCCGAACCUACAAAACAUGACAGCACAGGCCCUGAUGAACCAGCAACGGCUCGCCAGCCAACAAAACGCGGCGCAGGCGAAUGCGCGACAAGAACGCGAGAUGUCAGCCAGCAGCGACAGCAAGCGUCGGCGCCCAAACCUCAACACGGGCCCGCUGCCUGGACCGCCGUCUUCGUUAGUCCGGCAAUCCUCGAUUGGCCCAGGAACGCCCAAGCCGUCGACGCCGGGAUCGCGUGCGGGCAGCGUGGGACCCAAGGCGCCGCAGAAGCACGCCCUUACGGUGAAGAAGGCGAAACCUCAGCAACCGCUGCGCAAGGCGGCCCUUACUGCGAAGUCGCGGGACAAGAAGCGUCGCAAGGGCGGAUCCAGGGCGUCGCCGUCGACGACGGCUGACGACGAGAGCGUGGCCAGUGAGGCAGGCACGGAGGACGAGGAGAUGUCUGGGGCCGGCGGCGGGGAGAACGAGGAGGAGGAGUCGGACGACACCAAGUACUGCUUCUGCCAGCGGGUCAGCUUCGGCGACAUGGUGGCAUGCGACAACGACAACUGCGAGUACCAGUGGUUCCACUGGGACUGCGUGGGCAUCAAGGAGGAGCCGGUGGGCGACUGGCUGUGUCCGGAGUGCAGGAAGCAGCCGGCGACCAAGAUCAAGCGGGCGCGCUAGGUCUUGACGUGUUGGAGUCAGCAGAUUGUAUGCACGGGAUUCUGGCUUGCGGGGAGUCGAGGGCGCAUAAUCGAUAGGGAAAU